GGUUAUUGUUUAUCGAUGUCUGAAAAGAAAGACGUCACCAGCUUGCUCCAGUCCAUUGAAGACGACUACAGACACGAUCUUGCGAUCCACUUGUACUCCACGUACUUGCUCCACCUCAAGGACCCGUUUUUUCCCAGGCGCGGAUGGAGUGGCUGGCCCUUGACAUACACCGAUGUUCCAGAUCCCAAGUCCACAGAGAUCUACAUUAACGAGGCAAACCCAUUCAAUGAUGCUCUUGAGAGGCCAUCUGCGAGCCAGUCUAUGCGCGCCUCCCUUGAGCCCUCUCUUCCUGAAACCACGCCGGACGACGACGUAAUGUAUCGCUAUUACAGAAACAAGAAAAUGUAUCUCCAGGAGGAGCUCACAGAUCCACAGGAGGACCUUAGACUUGAGCUUCGGGCGCUCUUGGCGCGAAAACUCAACGAAAAAGCGAACAACGUGAUCAACCAAAGAAAAAAGGCGGUCGCGAUGUACAAACCGAAACCCGGCGAGCCUCCCCUCAAGCAGGCCGUCACUCGGGACUUGUUCUUGCACCAGUAUCCGAAGCUAGCAUUGCAGCGGAUCAUAGACUUUCCAGAGGAGGCUGGGACAGAUGGUAUACCACGUGAGUUGGUGGAUCGUUUACAGGGGAAGAUCGACGGGUUAGUGAAGAGCUUGCUUGACGUGCGAUCGUUUGCGCUGAACGCGAUAAAUGAGGACACCAAAACGAAGAUUGAUGGUUCUUCCCAGACCUAUCGGCUCAUGGACUGGAAGGAUGUGAUGAUGCAGACGCCGCAGGCACAAGCGAUAGACCGGUGUUGCCGACUCUUUGACGACCGAAAGCAAGCGGCGAAGGUGGAGUAUGAAGGAAGUGGGAGCGAGGAGGAGCCCCUGCCAAACUACACGGAUGAAUACGCUGCAAAAAUUCGCAAGCGGGUGGCCAAGGACGCAAAGGUGAGACAGUACAAGUUGGAGAUGUUGUUGCGAAAACAAGAUUUACUCGAGCAGAAGAAGAUGUUGGUGGGCAAGGCCAUGGGUAGCUACGCCCCGACCACCACCCAGGAGGUCUUACAGGCCAAGGAUUAUGUGUAUACUAUUGGGAAGAAGUAGAAAAAUCAUUAAAACGGUAAAUUUUAUUUUGGAGAAAUAGCAGCCGGAACUUAGGGUAUAAAAAGAGCGUCAAUAGUGGUCACUUGGCUAAGAUGAUACGUAUACUAGCUGAAAAUAUAGC